GAUUAUACUAACGAGUAUGUUUCCAUAGUGUGUCAGUAUGAGAUCACGCGUCGGUAAGCGUGCUUUGCCAACGAUAAAAUCAACGCCAACAGAAUUAUGUAGCUAGCACCCUAUUGAUAAAGACGAUGAAUAAACCGAAACAGUUGAAUUUGAAGAUAAAAAAAGAUGGAGAUUUCAUUCCCCCGGAUGGCGGUUGGGGAUGGAUGAUCGUUAUUGCAGCUGGAUUUUCUAACUUGUCAACGCUGCCUAUGCUGCAACAGUUUGGGUUGCUGUUCCGGGACAAAUUUUCCCGCCUGGGCAUCACCAGCUCGGAGACGACGACCAUCAUCAACAUGAAUGCCGCGCUGACCUCUUGCGUCGGAUUAGCUAAUGGCCCCGUCUUUAAAAUCUUCAGCUAUCGACAAGUAUCACUAACUGGAACGAUUGUGGUGUUCAUAGCUUUAGUAUUAACCGCAUUUUCCUACAACUUUAUCACGUAUUUAAUAUGUUUCUCAAUUCUUUAUGGUGCUGGAUAUGGUAUAAGCAGUUCCGCCAAUGCCUUAGCUCUAAAUACCUAUUGGAGAAAUAGAAGAAGAUUAGCUACGGGAUUAUCAUGGACUACGACAGGCCUAGGUCCAAUAGUAUGGCCGCAUAUAAUAACUGCACUGUUUGCUUCCUUUGGCGAAACUGGGACGAUUCUUAUUAUAAGUGGAUUUGCAUUACAUUCAGUGGCUUGCGCUCUUUUACUACAGCCUGUGGAAUGGCAUUCUAAAUCGUCAGAUUCUAAAGAUCAAGAUGAGGAGCGAUUAAUAGCUCCAAAUACACAAACAGACAAUUUACCUAAUGAUAAAAAUGUUGAGGAAAGUGGAUAUUUCAGUCAAGUAUCAAAGAUAAAAAACCUUAGUCUUUUUUCGAGUCAGUAUCUGUAUAAUGAAGAUGACCCAGUGACGCCAGGGUAUGAAAUAACUGAUCCAGGAGUGCCGAUGAUGUUACGAGCAAAUGACGGUUAUUUUAGUCAAUCAAGGCAAUCCCGAAGUAAGCUAUCUUCCAGAGAAGGAUCUGCUAAAACAUCUCGCCUUAAUUCAAAAAAACCAUCUAUGUCUAAUUUAUUAGAAAAUCGAUCAAGAAAAUCGUCAACAUUAUAUCUAAAUGAAUCUAAAAAAAAUUCCUCCGCUAAUCUAGGCGCUCUGAUGCAGGAUCGAGAAUCCAAACAAACAAAUAAGCCUAAACGUAAAACUUCAAUUACUCUAAAUACUCAGAUUGAAGAAUCCGAAAUAGAAGAUUGUCCAACAUUAAAAGCCCCUCAAGAUUUAAAAGCAGAUGAAAAAGCUGUAGUUGAAAAAAUAGACCCCGAAAAAGCAAAAUAUAUUGCAGAUAAAGCAGAAAAGCAUUUAGCGGGAACAAAAAGUCUCAAAUCUUUUAAAAUGGAUGGACAAUAUAGCGAAAAAUAUCACAAGGACAAUCAUAGCAAUAUCUCAUUAAAGAAUCAAAUUGAAUCAGAAGAACGAAAGUAUCUAAAAGACAAUCACAGCAACCAGUCAUAUCGCACGAAGCAUAGAAGGAAAUCUAAUAACUUUAAUUAUGAAAGUGAAGUGCUUAAGCAAGCCUCUUUAAAAUUAGAGCAAUACUUAAAAGAAAGUGAAGAUGAUUACCAAUCGAAUAAGUUCAAACUUUUUGUAAAUAGUCCUUCAGAGGAUGACGUUUUUGAAGAAAAAGUUGAGCCAAAAAAAGAAGAUCAAGAAGCCGAAGACCAUGAACUAACGUUCUGCCAAAAGGUUGCAAUGUUCUUUGACUUGGAUCUUCUUAAAGAUUUUACAUUUAUUAACCUAAUGUUGGGCAUUACAUUGGCUAACUUUAAUGAAUUAAACUUUUCAAUACUGACACCGUUUAUUCUCGGCGACUACGGGAUGACCAAACCCCAAGUAGCUUUCUUCAUGUCACUGUUAGCAGGAGUAGAUAUUUGCGUUAGAUUUUGUAUUCCAUUUGUAGCUGGGAAGAUUGGAUGGGAUAACAAUUCUUUUUUCUUAUUCGGUGUCUUAUCAAUGGCCAUGGGUAGAGUAGUACUAGCUUAUUGUCAAGAUUAUAGCGUAGUACUUAUGGUGGCAAUAAUCAUAGGCUUUGGAAAGGGUCUUCGAACAGUAUUUAUGGCUCUUGUAAUUCCUACACAUGUACCUCUACAUAAGCUGCCAGGUGCUACAGGGAUACAACUGUUAACAGCUGGAGUUGUUUAUUUAACCUUGGGACCAGUUGUUGGUUGGAUAAAGGAUGGUGCUUCCACGACUGUCAUAUUACAUUGUCUCAAUAUAUUUACAUGGCUCACUGCGAUUUCCUGGGGCAUAGAGAAGUACUUCAUAGUGAGAAAACAGAAAAUCGAAGCUACAUCGAUAAAAGCGUGACAUGAAACACUUAAUAGCCCUAAGCAUAGUUAGAUAUAAUAUAAAUAUUCAAAAUAUGUUGUUAAGUUUAAGUGAAUAAUGCCCGAAUAAAUGGGUCCUAUUAACCAAUGAUGUCGAUUAGCAGUGUCGACAGAGGCCGGGUUGUUGAGGUCAAGCGGAUCGUCAGUGUCGGCUUUAACUUCGUUACAUGAGUCGCGAUAACACCUACCAAUAUUAUUAUUAUUAUUAUUACUUUUUAUCUGUUUAUAAAUUGUCGUUAGCGUCUCAAUAAAGUGUUAAGUGUUU